AUGGGGGCAGGCCUUCCCUCCCUCGAAGAACUCGGCUUGACCACCGAGCAGCUCUUCACCACGUCUCCCUCAGCCCUCGCGCCCCGAGAUAAUGAAUUCACACAAGUGACCCGCUGCCGCACCCCUAGCGAGGGGUCCGAAUACGUCGCCGACGUCGACGACGUAAUUGCGUGCUACAACUACCUCGUGGCCCUCGGCGACUAUACCUGCAGAGAGCGCGAGCUCUGCAGGAUCGGCAGCGCUAAGAUCACGGGCAUAAGCAAGAACGGGCAUACAUGGUCUUGGGGUGUUCCUUUCGUUUUCACUACCGUGAAAUGUGUGAGCUGUUACACACAGGCACAAACUCGCCUAGCAGCCGUCCUUCCAUUUCUGGCUCAGGUCUUGUCCUAUACUUCGACGUCUUCGAGCUCUUCGGGUCUGCCCUAG